GGGUGAAGGUUGCUGCGUCGCGCCUACGUCAGCCGCGGGAAAUUCCCCUCCCGCCAGGCUGCUCGCCUCUCGGCCGGGCCAGCACUCGGCUCUCCCCGCUCCGCCCCCUGCCCCUGGCUCCCGCACGGUAGACGGCGACGCUGGGUGACCCGGAGCGCAAGAAUUAAGGGGGUAGGAAGGUGUGAGCCGCAAACCCAGCGGAGGGCGGGAAGAAGGAGGAGGCCUCUAGGGUGGUCGAGGGACUGGGGGCCCCGCCGGCAGAGGUCCCUCGGCCUCCUGACUGACUGACUGCGGCCGCCUCCGGCCAGGACGCUGGGAGCUGCCUGCGGGAAGGUGCGGGGAUCGGAGCCAUGGCCUCCGGUGAGUGUUCACGGGGCGCGGGCCUGGGCCGGGGAAAAGGAGCUCUUCUGGAGGGGGUCCUGCCGCUGUGAGUUUAAGAAGCUCAGUUUUUGCUGGGGCGCGUUCUGUCUUUAAAAUCUCAUAUGGUAAAAUUGUCAGCUUUUAAAAAAGUUACCUGCUUCAGGGUUUGCGUGCAAAAUCCAAGCCAUGCUCUGUAAUUUGAUUCUGUUGUCAUAGCAGGAACCUUAGAAAUUCCCAACGACUUGAUUUUAGGAUUAGGGAAGUCAUAAGCGAACUAAAGGACGACGAAGAGUUCUCAUUAAAAAUGUAUAUGUAUUGAAGAUGGUGGUUUUAUGUUUUAGAACAGGAAUGAGGAACCUUCAGACCUCGGGCAAGCUCUCUCCCCCUUUUUAAUUUCAUCAAAUGCAAAGAGGUGAUCCCCCUUGUACUGACAGUUGUACAAAAUGUGGCACGGCUUUAAAAAUCAGCCGUGGUAUUUUAACACGAAUUACAAAAUCCGUGGUAUUUUAAGUGUUAAUGUUGCUUUGACCAAGUAUGAGCCACCAUGCCCAGCCUCAGUGAAAUAUUUGAAUGUUCACUGUGAACCUAGCAGUUUUAUUCACACUCUGUCCUCCCAAAGUUAAACACUUAUCAUUAACGAUGUCGUUUUAUAUUAGUUUCGCACCAAGACACCUUUAAAUAAGUAGUGGGCAGGGAUUUAUUUGGCCUUUACUUCAGCCACAUAAAUUAUUUAAAAUGUGACUUAAAAAUAAUGUUGAUUUUAACAGUUUUUAAGAGGAAAAUAUACUUUCUUAAAUACUCCUACAAGGAUAUAUAAGGGUAUGAAAUAUUUGAAAUUUGCAAUGUGAAUUUAAAAUAUUUAAAAUAUGCAAGGAUAAAAUUGUGAAAUACUCAUCUGCAUAUCUUAUGUUUUUGAGCAAAACUGAAAUAAGGAUUAUGAACUUGUUUAGGUUAAAGUCAGUUUUCUCUGGCUCUUCAUCUUUUGAAUAAACAAAUAGGUAGUAGAUUCAAACACAGGGAGUUUGCACCAUACAGAAUAAAAUUGAAAGUUACAGUAAUACUUUAUUCAGUAACCCAAAGUAGAAGCCAUGGAAUCAUCAAUGAUUCUUUAAUUUCUGAGCUAUCAGUGAUUCUUUAAUUUCUUUUAACCCUAAUGUUCAGGCACCAGGUGCUGUCAAUUUUAUCUUUUAAAUAAUCCUUCAUUCCUUUUAUGACUGCCAUAUAUCGGACAUACCCUCAUCAUUGCCCAUGUUAUUAUAGUGGUCUCUAAACUGAUCACGUUGCUUUCUUUUUUCUCUCUGUCUGCUGUAACUAAAAGUUUUACUCUAAAAUGCAAAUCUGAUCAUGUGAUUUGCCUGCAUCAAAAUAUUCAUUGAUUUCAUCACACAUAAAAUGAAAUCCACAUUGCCAAGUGUGCUCUGACUUUUAGUUCUCUUUUUAAGAGAGAAAGUGUAUUCCAUUUACGUUGGUGAUUCUUAAAUAAACCCUCCUCUGUGGACACACUGUUCCCUUUUCCCUGGAAUACCUACCUUUUUCCUCUUCAUUUCCUCUGCUCUUUUGCUUCAUUAACCGCUCUUUUUCCACUGACACAGUUGGGCAUUCCUGACUCUUUCGCCCUUAUUUCCGCAGAAUUUUAUUAGUGCUUUCCUUCCUUCUGUAGUCUAAUAAUAUAUGUUGUUUGCCCUGCUCUUCUGUAAGGUCCUUUAGAGUGAUAGUUGGGAUACCACCAUGGUAUCACUAAAUCAUUUUUAUCAAGAAAGCAUCUGAAAUAAUAGACACCAUUUUUUUUUUAUACUUUAAGUUUUAGGGUACACGUGCACAACAUGCAGGUUUGUUACAUAUGUAUACAUGUGCCGUGUUGGUGUGCUGCACCCAUUAACUUGUCAUUUAACAUUAGGUAUAUCUCCUAAUGCUUUCCCUCCCCCCCUUCCCCCACCCCACAACAGGCCCCAGUGUGUGAUGUUCCCCUUCCUGUGUCCAUGUGUUCUCAUUGUUCAAUUCCCACCUAUGAGUGAGAACAUGCGGUGUUUGGUUUUUUGUCCUUGCGAUAGUUUGCUGAGAAUGAUGGUUUCCAGUUUCAUCUAUGUCCCUACAAAGGACAUGAACUCAUCAUUUUUUAUGGCUGCAUAGUAUUCCAUGGUGUGUAUAUGCCACAUUUUCUUAAUCCAGUCUAUCAUUGUUGGACAUUUGGGUUCGUUCCAAGUCUUUGCUAUUGUGAAGAGUGCUGCAGUAAACAUACGUGUGCAUGUGUCUUUAUAGCAGCAUGAUUUAUAAUCUUUUGGGUAUAUACCCAGUAAUAGGAUGGCUGGGUCAAAUGGUAUUUCUAGUUCUAGAUCCCUGAGGAAUCGCCACACUGACUUCCACAGUGGUUGAACUAGCUUACAGUCCCACCAACUGUGUAAAAGUGUUCCUGUUUCUCCACAUCCUCUCCAGCACCUGUUGUUUCCUGACUUUUUAAUGAUUGCCAUUCUAACUGGUAUAAGAUGGUAUCUCAUUGUGGUUUUGAUUUGCAUCUAUCUGCUGGCCAGUGAUGAUGAGCAUUUUUUCAUGUAGACACCAUUGAUUGAAUGUAUAUGUAUAUAUGACACUUGGUAAGAAUUUAGCACAUAUAAUCUGUCAUCUUCACAACAACCCAGUGAGGUAGGUGCUAUUAUGAUUAUUCCUAUUCUACAGAGGAGGAAACUAAGAGAUUUUUAAUUUUAAUAACAUUUCCGUGGUCUUACUGUUAAGAAGUAGCUGGGGUAGGAUUCUAAAGGCCUCUUCUCCAUACUGUUCUGAUAAGGCCCACUGUGUUACCAUUUCUCAGGAUUGCUUGCAUUCUAACAGGAUAAGCCUUAGUCAGCACUAAACUGAUUAAGGAACACUUAUUAUAUUUUAAUGGAAAACAUCUUCACACCCCUAUUAACUCCCCUACUUGCAAGUACAGUUGAGUGUCUAUUUACCUUUUCCCCCACAAUUUGGAUAAUAAAAGAUAGUAAAGUUGCAUAUAUUUUAAAUAGCUUUACGGACAUAUAAUUCAGGUACAACAAACUGUACUUUUAAAGUAUGCAAUUUGAUAAGUUUUGACAUAUGUAUACCACCUUGGAAUCAUCAUCACAAGAUAAUUAACAUGUCCAUUGUCCCCCCUGCCUUUCCUAUCCACCAUAUUAUCCCUGUUCUUAGGCAACCAGUGAUCUGCUAUCAUUCAUUGUAUAUUACUUUACAUAUCCUAGAGUUUCAUAUAAAUGGAAUCAUGCAGUAUGUGCUCUUCUGGUCUAACUUCUUUCACUCAGCAUAAUGAUUUUGAGAGUCGUCCAUGUUAUGUGUAUCAGCAGUUCAUUCUGCAGAUGCAUAUUUUGAAUUUUAGUUAUUAUAGAAAGUAAAUACUUUUUUUUCUCUGUUGUGUCUUUAGAAAAGGUUUACAUGGGACUGAUUGCACAUUCUUUGAGCCUAAAGUCCCUCCUGGGGCUUGUUUUGAUAUACUAUGUGUAAGUCCUUUAAUAUUUCAAUGGAGAUAUAAAAAACUUACAUAUGCUUCUGCAAGGAUUUAAAUGCAUUUUCAUUUUCAGUGAAUGGUCUUUUCAUUCAUUGUUAUGAAUAUGAUGUAAAAUCAAGCAGUUAAAUAUAUUAAACUCACUUUAGGAGUGUAAUAUUUUACUUCUGAAUACUAUCUUCUUUACACUUCUUGGGGAAUCUUGGGGGAAACCCUUCUGCUAGGUCUCACGUGGGAGGCGGAUAUCUCUGAAGUGGUUAUCUCAGAACUUCAUAUUGACGUUAGCUAUAGAUAUUAAGCUAUAAAGUGCUAACCAAUCAAUAUGGUUUGAAUGACUUGUUUUGACACUACAUAGGGACUCAAUUUGAAUGGAAAAAAAAAGGUGCCUCUCCCAGCCAAUCUCCAAGAUAACAUUUCAGCCUUGUUAUUUAAUGUUAGGAGGAAAAAAAUCUUUGUUUUAGUCUGCUGUUAUGAAAAAACAGAAGUGUUAAAAUCCAUUAUUAAUUGCUAUAUUAAUCUCACUGACCUCCUCCUUUUUAAAAACUUUUUCAGGUGUGUAUAACCCAUAUAUAGAGAUAAUUGAACAACCUAGGCAGAGGGGAAUGCGUUUUAGAUACAAAUGUGAAGGGCGAUCAGCAGGCAGCAUUCCAGGGGAGCACAGCACAGACAACAAUCGAACAUACCCUUCUAUCCAGAUUAUGAACUAUUAUGGAAAAGGAAAAGUGAGAAUUACAUUAGUAACAAAGAAUGACCCAUAUAAACCUCAUCCUCAUGAUUUAGUUGGAAAAGACUGCAGAGACGGCUACUAUGAAGCGGAAUUUGGACAAGAACGCAGACCUCUGUUUUUCCAAAAUUUGGGUAUUCGAUGUGUGAAGAAAAAAGAAGUAAAAGAAGCUAUUAUUACAAGAAUAAAGGCAGGAAUCAAUCCAUUCAAUGUCCCUGAAAAACAGCUGAAUGAUAUUGAAGAUUGUGACCUCAAUGUGGUGAGACUAUGUUUUCAAGUUUUCCUCCCUGAUGAACAUGGUAAUUUGACGACUGCUCUUCCUCCUGUUGUCUCGAACCCAAUUUAUGACAACCGUGCUCCAAAUACUGCAGAAUUAAGGAUUUGUCGUGUAAACAAGAAUUGUGGAAGUGUCAGAGGAGGAGAUGAAAUAUUUCUACUUUGUGACAAAGUUCAGAAAGAUGACAUAGAAGUUCGUUUUGUGUUGAACGAUUGGGAAGCAAAAGGCAUCUUUUCACAAGCUGAUGUACACCGUCAAGUAGCCAUUGUUUUCAAAACUCCACCAUAUUGCAAAGCUAUCACAGAACCCGUAACAGUAAAAAUGCAGUUGCGGAGACCUUCUGACCAGGAAGUUAGUGAAUCUAUGGAUUUUAGAUAUCUGCCAGAUGAAAAAGAUACUUACGGCAAUAAAGCAAAGAAACAAAAGACGACUUUGCUUUUCCAGAAACUGUGCCAGGAUCACGUAGAAACAGGGUUUCGCCAUGUUGACCAGGAUGGUCUUGAACUCCUGACCUCAGGUGAUCCACCCACCUUGGCCUCCCAAAAUGCUGGGAUUACAGUUAAUUUUCCUGAGAGACCAAGACUUGGUCUCCUCGGUUCAAUUGGAGAAGGAAGAUACUUCAAAAAAGAACCAAGCUUGUUUUCUCAUGAUGCAGUUGUGAGAGAAAUGCCUACAGGGGUUUCAAGUCAAGCAGAAUCCUACUAUCCCUCACCUGGGCCCAUCUCAAGUGGAUUGUCACAUCAUGCCUCAAUGGCACCUCUGCCUUCUUCAAGCUGGUCAUCAGUGGCCCACCCCACCCCACGCUCAGGCAAUACAAACCCACUGAGUAGUUUUUCAACAGGGACACUUCCUUCUAAUUCACAAGGUAUCCCACCAUUCCUGAGAAUACCUGUUGGGAAUGAUUUAAAUGCUUCUAACACUUGCAUUUAUAACAAUGCCGAUGACAUAGUCGGAAUGGAAGCGUCAUCCAUGCCACCAGAAGACUUAUAUGGUAUUUCUGAUCCCAACAUGCUGUCUAAUUGUUCUGUGAAUAUGAUGACAACCAGCAAUGACAGCAUGGGAGAGACCGAUAAUCCAAGACUUCUGAGCAUGAAUCUUGAAAACCCCUCAUGUAAUUCAGUGUUAGACCCAAGAGACUUGAGACAACUCCAUCAGAUGUCCUCUUCCAGUAUGUCAGCAGGCACCAAUUCCAAUACUACUGUUUUUGUUUCACAAUCAGAUGCAUUUGAGGGAUCUGACUUCAGUUGUGCAGAUAACAGCAUGAUAAAUGAGUCGGGACCAUCAAACAGUACUAAUCCAAACAGUCAUGGUUUUGUUCAAGGUAGUCAGUAUUCAGGUAUUGGCAGUAUGCAAAAUGAGCAAUUGAGUGACUCCUUUCCAUAUGAAUUUUUUCAAGUAUAACUUACAAGAUUUAAAUCCUUUUAAAUCUUGAUACCACCUACACAGAUGCAGCAUUUUGUAUUUGUCUAACUGGGAAUAUAAUACUGUAUUUAUACUGUAUAUAUAAUACUGACUGAGAAUAUAAUACUGUAUUUGAGAAUACAAAAAACUUUUCAGGGAAGAAGCAUACAACUUUGGACAUAGUGAAUACAAAAUUGGAAGCUGUCAUAAAAAGACAACUCAGAGGCCAGGCGCAGGGCCUCACACCUGUAAUCCUAGCACUUUGGGAGGCCGAGGCGGGUGGAUCACUUGAGACCAGGAAUUCGAGACCAGCCUGGCCAACAUGGUGAAACCCCAUCUCUACUAAAAAUACAAAAAUUAGCUGAGCAUGGUGGUACGUGCCUGUACUGUCAGCUACUUGGGAGGCUGAGACACAAUAAUUGCUUGAACCCAGGAAGCGGAGGUUGCAGUGAGCUGAGAUCACACCACCGCACUCCAGCCUGGGUGACAGAGUAAGACUCUGUCUCAAAAAAAAAACACGCUUUUUUAUAUUUCUUUUUAUAAUGUUUUAAUGUAUUCUUAAAUUUCAAGCGAAUUUAAGAUAAAACUUGUAAUGGCUAUGCCAUUGAAAAACUUAAUUUCUUAUUUUUGAGGCCCAUGGGCCAAGGUAACCCCUAAGGGGUUUUCUUAGGCUUCUUGGAGCUUAGAUUUGUAUGUAUAUCAAAAUGUCUUUAAAAUGUUAAGUUGGGCAGAAGGCAGUUGAAGUGAGCUUUCAAGGUAUGGGAGGUUUUCUACAUUUUAUACUAUUUCAAUCUAUUCCUUUAAAGUUGCUUAUGAUUUUAGCUUUACACUCAUAUUUUUUAAGGGGAAGAAGUUUCCUUGGACGAUUCGUCUUUCUUAGAUGUCCUCACUCCCUGUGAUCUCAUAAAACUGCCUAUUUGACAUCUCUAUCUAGAAAUCUAAUUAAAGCUCACACUCAGCAUAUCCAAAACUGAAUUCUUGGUCUUCCCUCCCAAACUUGCUUCUCCUUCAGUCUUCUCCAACUCAGUAAAUGGCAAUGCCAUACUUCUAGUUGCUCAGGCCAAAAACCCUGAAGUCAUCCUUGAUUCUUCUUUUAGCUCCCAUAUCCAAUCCAUUAGCAAAUCUAGUAGACCCUACCUUCACAAUAUAUCCAAAGCUGACCACCUCUUUUGACCUCUACUAUUAAUGCCCUAUUCCAAGCCACCAUCAUCUCUUCCCUGGAUUGAAGCUAUCAUCUACAAAAAUUCUUCUUAUAUCCUUGUGUCCCUAUAGUCUGUUCCCCAUAAAGUAGCCAGAAUGAUUAUUUUUAAAACAAGUCAACUCAUACCAUUCAUCCUGCUCAAAAACAUUCAAUGGCUUCUCAUCUCACUCAGAGCAGUCACAGUCCUUAAAAGUUGGAGGCCUAGACUCCCUGUCCUACCUCAGGUACCACCAUAUCCCACCUCCUCAUGCAGCUCCAGGCACCUUGGCCUCAGUGCUCCUAAAGCAUCAAGUAUGCACCUGCCUUGGACUCUUUGUACUUGGUAUUCCCUUUGCCUUGAAUGUUCUCCCAGAAAAAUGCAUAGUUCACUCUUUUACAUCCUUCAGGUGUCACUCCACUGUUACCUGAGCAGGUCUUCCUUGAAUAUAUACAUCAGCAUUCCCUGUCCCCCGUGCUUUAUGUAUGUCCAUAGCACUCACCAUGAUCUGACUUUGCUAAGUAUUUAUUCAUUUACUGUUUGUUUUCCCAUACCGAAAUAUAAACUUUCUAAGGACAGAAAUUUUUGUGCUUUAUUGUUGAAUCUCCAGUUUGUAGAAAAAUGCCUACCUUAUAUUAAACAUCAGUAAAUGUUUAUUGAACAUUAAAAGUAUUACUAAUAGAACUUUGGUUUUUGAAAGAAAUAAUAACUUUAAUUUUAAGAUGUAUAUGAUUUUUGCAGUUUUACUUAGUGUGACAUUGGGUUUAUGAGAAUCAUGUACAUUCAAGUCCAGGAAUAAUAAUGGUCACCCAAAUUGUUUGAAAGGAAAAUAAUCCCAGUGGCAAAAUGAUGGUAGAAUUUGGGUAAUCUUUUUUUUCCUUUUAUGAAAAGAGAUUUUAUUGAAGGUAAAACAUUAGAGGUUCAUUGAGAAUCUCUAAAUCCAUGUUUUGACAUUGUCAAGCUCAUUGCAACUUCCAGAUUGAGUAACAAUUAUAACACAUUUCGUUUUCAAAGUGCAAGAUUUUUAAAAGAGACUUGUCACAUAUUCAUUUGGCUGGUCUCAAAUGGUGAGCUGAAUGCUGGGUAAUCUCUACUAGCUCCUUAAUCAGAUUUAAAAUUCUCAGUGUUUCCUAGUUGUUUCUACAUACUUUAUCUGAGUUGUUAUAGCUGUAACAUUACACUUUAUUCGCUGUUUGUGUUUCGUGACUUUUGGUAAUUCUGGCAUUUAGAAACCUUUCACUUUGCUUCAAAACGUAGUUAUAUUUUAGGAGUUUUCAUUUGAUAUAUAAUUAUUUAUUUUGCCCUUUUAUUUCCCAAAGACAUUGUAAGGGUUAAUUAGAUCAUUAUAUUUUAUUAUUACAGAUUAAAGUUGGGCAGUAAUCUUAAUUGUGAUGGAAUUAUCAUUAUGCUAAGUAAUUAACUUAUUAAAGACCUAGUUUGUUUUACAACUAGAACCUGCCCUAAAUGUUGAAUAUCUUCCUAGCAAGAAACAGUCUGUCAUUUUACUUACACAAUGUCUAACCAAACCAUAACUUUACAUAAACUAGUCGUUUCGGUCAAAUUGAGAAAUGUGUGAAUGCCAUAAAAACAAAAAUUCUUGGUUAAAUUAUACUGGGAAAUAGGGAAGAGAGCAAGAUAAGACUUGGGCUCAGGAUGGUUCAGGAAGAAAAAAAAAAAAGAAUUAAAGACCCCUGAGUACUAUUAAUAUUCCUCAGAAAUUAUUAUUUCAAAAGGAAAUAUUUCUGUAUUAUAAAUUUUUCAUGAGCAGCCAUUAUGAAAUCUCACAAGAAUCAUAGAAUUCAAUAAAAAAGUAAAAAGUAAUUUUUUAUUUUUUAUUUAAAAAUAUAAAUUAAAAUACAUUUUUAAAAUCAUAAGCACAUAAAUAGAACUUACCAGGAAGAAAGAAAAACCUGAAGGCACAAUUGCUUUUCUGUUCAAAAUAGGAACCCAGGAUGUCUCUAGAUAAUGAUGGACAGGUGGGGAGAUUUUUUUUUUUAAUACAGAAUCUCAUAGUUUUGGAUUAAUUAGCACCAAUCAGUUUAAACACUGACUGUUAGAAUAGCUAAAUAGGUUUUUUUCUUUAAACUAAAUAAGCGUUGGCUACUUAGUAUAAGUAAGUAUAAGUAGAAUUAAGGUUCUGCUACAUCUGUGUUUAGAAUAUUUUUUUACAACUAAAUAAGUGUUGGCUAGUUUUGCGGUGUAAGCAGAAUUAAGGUUCUGCUACCUCUGUGUUUAGAAUGUUCCCAAUGGAUUUUUCAUUUUUCAGGUGCUAUUUUUUGACCAUAGACUUUAAUUUAAAAUGAAUUUGGUAACGUUUCUCCUCUAUCUCUACAUAUAUUUAUGCUUUUCACCUGCUCUUUUAACAUCUGCUUUAGUUUCUGAGGCACUUUUCUGAACUCUGCUUGUGCACUGGAUCCCUCCUCCUUUCUCUGCCAGGCUGUGUUUACUUUAUCCUUUCAUCACCACUUAGUGCUUCCUUUCUUUGUAUAAACAUGAUAAAUGUCUUCAUUAGCCUAAAAGGAAAGACCAGAUAAAACCUUUCCUACCACUUGGAUGCGUUUGCAUCCUGACUUCUGAAAUGCCUCCAGCCUCCAUUUUCUCCCUUCCCAGUUACUCCUUAGCCCAGCGAUCUCUAUCUUUAGCUCCUACAAUUUUCUUAGGAUAUUCUGGGAAAGAUGAGCGGAGACUGCCCGCCUUGUCAAAUCUAGUGUCUUUUUAUCAGUCCUCACGCUGCUUGACCUAUUUAUAACCUCCUAUACUUCCCUCUUUGGAUACUCCUCUGGGUUUUCUGUGGUAGACAAGAUUCCUCCCUGAGAUUUAUUUCCCAUGAGUCUUGACCCCUCCCCUCAGUUGGUGCUAUUUUUUCCCCUGGAUGAUCGUAUCAGAGCCCACAGGUUCAGUUUUCUUUCAUGCUACCUGAAUGUCCUGAUAAACUGGCUCUCUCUCUUCUUUACCUUCCAUAAUGGCAUUACCAUUUACCACGCCACCCAAGAUACUUACUAGGAACCUCAAAGUAUUGUAUUCUUUUUCUCCAUCACACUCAUACUUAAUCAUCAAGUCCUUUUGAGCUUAUCUCCUCUUGCAUAUGUCCCUUCUUCAUUCCUGCUGCCUUUUUAGUAAAGACCUUCAUUCUUUUUCCCCAGUAAUAAUCUUUUCCAUAUGUUCCAGUUAAAAUACCACGUUCUCCCUAUUCCUUAUUACAUAGUUAGCAUUCCUUGAAAAAAAAACAAUUCUCUCAAGCCUCCAUACCUUUAACAUGUUACCCACUCUGCCUCUGCUCUUCUGGAACUAGAACACUCAUCCUUGAAGACUGGGCUUCUCUAUGAAGGUUGGUCCUGCCUCCUUAGUUGAGGUGAAGCUUCGUACAUGCCUGUAUUACGGACAUCCUCUUAUUUAAGUGUUUGUCUCUUUCGUCAUUGGGACUCCAGCACCCAGCAUAGUCCCUAGUAUACUAGUUGGUGCCGAAUAAGUAGUAGCUAUUAUUAGAAAAGGAAGGGUGAAAUUGACAUAGGAAUUACUAAAAUGUAUAUGGAAAUGAUUUUUAAAGGGAAAGGUGAUUUUCUGGCAGGAAAAGCAGCAAUGACAAGAUUACUUAAGUCUUGUGAAAUACACUUCUCUUCCUUGACCUGCUGCUUCCCUUUUUUACCACACACACGCACACAUACCACAGCCCUUUGAGACUGAAAGCAGCUCUAUUGAGAAUAGUAGUGUCAACUGUAUUAUGUAGAAAUUCUAAAGUUUUUGGGAUUAUUUCAUAGCCCUGACCUUGCUACUUCUCUCCACUUUAUGUGGCAGGUUUAAUCUCAGGUCUCCCUCAUACACUUCUCAGCCUCAGCGCCUAACCCUUACACAACACUCCAGUAUUGAUGCAGUCAAUCUUGUAUAACAUUUUUUGAAUGUCCAAUGUGCAAAGCACCAUGUUGGAAAUGAUACAGAGAUGAAUAAGACAAAAACUCUUGCUCUCAAAGAUGUCAGUCUUUUUCUUUGCAAGGAUAACACAUGUAGAGUAAAAUGCAUAAAGGGGACUAAUUUUAAAUGUACAGCUUAAUUAAUUUUUAUGUAUGUUAACACCCAUGUCACCACCAUGUUUAGGAUAUUUCCAACACCCCAGAAAUUUCUUUCAUGCCCCUUCCCAAUCUGUACCUACACCUCUAAAUCUAUUUUCAAUCUUAAUGGCCUUUUAAAUAACUGGGCCUCUCACAACCAUAGUGAACAGAAACAGCUGGGUUGUCAGCGUCUAACCUAAUACUUCAAGAAAACUCGUGAUGGUUUCCAUGUUAAGAGAGACAUGGAGCAGGGCAUUGGUGGAUAGAUCACGCCUGUCCAGCACUUUGGGAGGCCGAGGUAGGGGGAUUGCUUGAGCCUAGGAGUUCAAGACCAGCCUGAGUAAUAUAAGGAAAACCUGUCUCUGCAAAAAAAAAAAAAAAAAAAAAGCCAGGCAUGGUGACAUGUGCCUGUGGCCCCAGCUAUUAGGGAGGCUGAGGUGGGAGGAUCCCUUGAGCCCAGGAGGUUGAGUCUGUAGUGAGCAGUGAUUACGCCACUGCACUCCAGCCUGGGCAAGACCCUGUCCCAAAAAAAAAAAGACUUGGAAUUGGUGAUCCAGGCUGCCUAAUGGCAUCAAAUAAUUUGUUAUAUCUUUAAUUGAUUUAUUAAAGGAUCACCACAUGCUUUUAAAUAGCAUGGAGAAAUGGAAAGAAUAGGGACUUUUUACUCAGGUAAUACCCAGCCUGCUACCUAACAGGUUGUGUUGUACUAAAUAAAAUGGUACAUAAGAAGAAACACUGUAAAUUAUAUAGUGUGAAUCAAAUAUUGUUAAUGAACCAAUAUCUGUAUAUCCUAUGUCCCUAAUUAAUCUUUAAUUUAGAUACUCCUUCUAGUUAUCUAAUACACAGCAGAGUGAGAAAAAUCAUUAUGGAUUAGGUUCUUUAGUAAGAAACCUGAGAUGGACUUCUCAUUAGCAUUAAUUAGUUAUUGCCCAGCUUUGGAAAGCCUUCUUUUGGCCUUGUUUUUCCAGAAACAUUUCCUAUUGAUUAAUGAAGGUAAGGCCAACUUUAAUGACUUCAAUUCUGAAAUUUUGUGACUCUUAAUUUAUUUGUAAAAGUUGAUUAUGAAUUGGGAGUGGUUUGACUUUUCCUAAAAAUGAAUCUCAUAGCUAAUGAAGUUGCCACUGAAAAGUUUCUCAUCUGUUUUGUUUUCAGAUGUUGACUAUAAAAGGGGAAAAAUUGGAAUGCUUUUUGUAUCAUAUGUAACAGAAAAUGUCAUGCCAUUUAUCAUUUAUUAUAAGCCCAGAAAUAGGUGACUAAUCAGAGAUAAACGUAUGGGUUGUCUGUAUCUAGUUUUAUGCCUUUUUUUUCCUAAGACAUAGUCAAAUUAAUAUUUUAACUAAUACAUCUUAGCAGAGUUUAGUUAAGCACAAAGUGAACAGUGGGUAAGAUUGAAUCUCAAAAGUAAUCAUGUCUGUAAUGUUUUUCAUGCAUGCAAAAAGCACAGACAAAACCACUUAUGCCCUAUUAAUAAACAAAAUACAGAUCAAAGUUUUAAAAAGUAAUCACUCUAUUUAUUCUAAAUGUCUGUGGCUUUAGGAAAAUACCACCAGCUAGUACUUAUCUAUUUAAAUAUGUAGAAUUUAUUAUCCUCUAAUAUUCUUAUCACUUGUUUCCACAACUUUAGUUUACUAUUGGACUUUCAAAAAUUUAAAGAAUUACAAGUAAAAUUCAUUAAACACCUGUGUGUGAAUAGUAAUACACACUAAUUAGUACAGAAUGUUGCUUCUUCAACAAAUUGAGUUUUCAGGGAAAUCAGCAAGUAAACGAAAUAUAAAUUUUUGGUAAAAGUAUCAAACAUUCAUCUUGCCCAUUUUUCCUCUUAAACUUUAUUAUCUAAUCAAACAUAGUUUUCCAUAAGAUGUAAUAAAAUAUAGAUAAGGUUGGAAUAUUUGAGCAUCCAUUUGUGGAAUUGAAUUUAAUGAGACUUCAUUGGUGAUACACUCGAUUUUUACUGGGUAAUUAGCUGAUAAUGUUGGUCACUGUCUCACAGUUCAGGUAGCUUUAAGAUGACGUGGCAAGGAAAACACAAAGCUUUUGGGUAACCAGCAUUCUUACAUGUAUGGUUUUUGACCAGGUGAACCCUUUAGAAGUGAUUUCUGUUUUGAAAGUAUCUACUUAAAAUACCUUUGGCUGUGAUGAGUCUAGAUCCCAGCAGAAUACCAAAAUCCUAUUUUUUUUGACUGAGUAUUUGUAUAUGCUUAAUGACUGAAAUGAAUUUGGAGGCACUGAUGACAGUGAUUUUUUAAAGUUCUCAGGUACUGUUCAAUUAUUUAAUGUUAAGUUUAGUAUCAAGAUGGAAUUGUUUUUAAAAUGCCAAAAUGCCGUUUAUUAUACAGAAUAUUUUAUUACAUUUGUAAUACCUUUGUAUACAGUGAUUUUUUUCUUGAUAAUAAAUGGAAAAAUUCUAAAACA